AGGUAGACCUUUCAGGUAUUGUUUGAUUUAAGGAUGGUGACAAACGUAUUGUUAAGUAUAAUCAAAAGGUAAAGAAAGGAUUGAGAGGAGUAGAGGUGUUUAAUGUUGCGCCAUCAUUCUGUGACUGCUCUGUGAUUUAGUAAACUUGGAUGUGAAAAAGCUUUUCCCACCUGUCCUCACCUUCACUCUCCACUUGUUGCUGUGCUGAUUCCAAUGGCAAAUCAUAAACCGGACUCACCUCCUCCUCCUUACUACUCAGUUGCUGUUCACACUCAGCCUCCCCUCAAGUCUUAUGAAGAGGUGGUGUAUGGCACAGGCCCAGGCCUGACACCCCCAACCCAGCCAUAUUACAUCCCCCAGUAUCUGCCACCAGUGGUUAGUCUCAAAGUCACAGAGACCAUCAUAACACCUAAAAGGAAAAGGAAAUGCUGUGAGGGUAAUGCACAAUGUUACAGGGGGUCAGGGGCAGCUGUACUGGUGCUUGCUCUCCUGGGAGUGGCCAUCUGGCUUGGAGUUCGUUAUGGUAUCAGGACUGCAGCAACAGAGUUCCUCUGUGACGACAACAAAGAUCCCGGUAGUGAACGCGCACCUUUGCUGGACAGUGACUCCUGUUCUAACAACACUGUCCAAUGUGAUGCUAUCAAAGACUGCAAACUAGCCACUGAUGAAACUAACUGUGUGAGGUUUGGUGAUAACAACAGUGUGCAGAUCAGAACAGCUCAAGAUGAUCGCUUUCUACCACUGUGUUACAAAGGCUGGAACAAGAAUUAUGCCGACCAGAUCUGCUCUCAGCUUGGAUUCAGACAGUCCUCUGCUAGCACAAAAAUCCAGUCCCCGAAUUCCAUUGGUUUAAUCCUGACCAACAGAUCAUAUUCUCUUGUACAGGGCCUGGUAAAUGUCAGUUCCUCCUGCCCGGACCAGGAGAUUGUCUCCCUGCAGUGUGUGGCCUGUGGUAAGCAGCAGUCUACUUCCCGGAUCAUUGGAGGCAGCAUAGCUAAGACAGGUCAGUGGCCAUGGCAGCUGUCUCUACACUACAGAGGAUCCCACGUCUGCGGAGGAGUCCUGAUUUCUCCUGAUUUUGUGCUGACCGCUGCCCACUGUUUCCCAAGCCCCAUGUCCCUCUCCCCUGAGAACUGGAAAGUGUAUGGUGGACUUGUGUCUCUGGAUGGACUGCCUCAGCCCUACCUGGUCAAAAAGAUUCUACUCAAUGAGAACUACAACAACAGGACUAAUGACCAAGACAUCGCUCUACUCAAACUUACGGCUCCAGUUGCCUUUACUGAAAAAGUUCUGCCAGCCUGCCUGCCAGCUUUUAACCAGCAGUUUCCUCCUGGAACCAGUUGCUGGACCUCAGGUUUUGGGAUUACUAAUGAAGAUUCAGGGACAGUUUCCAAGAAUCUAAUGGAGGUGACAGUGGACAUCAUUGACACACAAGUGUGUAACAGCCGUGGGGUGUAUGGAGGCGCAGUGACCAAGAAUAUGAUCUGUGCUGGUAAACUGGAGGGAGGCAAAGACUCAUGUCAGGGUGACAGUGGCGGACCUCUGGUGUGCAAGGGAGAGAGCCUUUGGUAUUUGGUGGGAAUCACUAGCUGGGGAGCUGGUUGUGGUCAAAAGAACAAGCCUGGCGUUUAUACCAAAGUCAGUAGUGUUCUGCCCUGGAUCUAUAGCUCUAUGCAGCAAGAAAAACCAUGAUGCCCCUUUGCUGCCUGCUGCUGUUCAGCGUCAAAAUAAAGUCUACACAUCGAAGUCUCUUUAUACAUGUUGAGUUUUACACCAUGUUUUACACAUAAAGAAAGUGUAUUGGUGAAAAGUUACUGCAGAUGAAAACAA